UAAAGUCAUUUCAUAAUUAUAACUCCCAGAAAAAAGAAAAAAAAACUAUGUCCAAUCUUAGUCUUCACUUCUUACUUAUUUUCUUGUUCUUUCAAGGUAUUCUGGUAAUACCUGCUGAGUCUGUAUCUGUCAUGUCUCAGAAUUCAAACACCACGAAUUUCAUCAUAAACUCAUGCAAAACGACUUUAUACCCUACCAUAUGCAUUCAAUCUCUCUCUGCCUACGCAAACACCAUUCAACUAGUUAACGAGCAACAGCUUGCUCAUGCAGCAUUAUCGGUGAGUUUAUCAAAGGCCAAAAUCGCGUCAACAUACAUUUCUAAGCUCGUAAGAAUGAGGGGAUUGAAGCCGAGGGAGCUACAAGCCGUUAAAGACUGUUCAUUCACCAUGAACGACUGUGUUUAUCAGCUCAGUCGAUCAAUCCCUGAGCUAGGGCAAAGUGGUAAAUUAACAUCAAGAAGAGAUGAGUUUACUUGGCAUGUUAGUAAUGUUCAAACUUGGACUAGUGCUGCACUUACUGAUGAAAAUAGUUGUCUUGAUAUGAUUAAUAAUCCUUUAAUUAAUGGAAAAAUUAGGGUUUCUAUUAGGGUUAGGGUUUUUGUUGCUUCACAAGUUACUAGUAAUGCACUAGCUUUGAUUUAUCAAUUUGCUGAGAGACACUCAUGAGUUUGUACAAUCACAAAUGCCCCAUAGUAUAAUAAUGUUAGGCAUAAUAUAUAAACGUGCGCUUUAACUUGGCCACGUAUUUCAUCUAUGAUCUAUAACUUUGGAUGUGCGCACAAGCAGACGCUUAACCUUGUAUAAAAAUGAACAAGUGGACACACACGGCGUCCUAUGUGGCAUAAAACACGUAGAACGUCACAUAGCAUGCACAUGUCUGCUUGUUCAAUUUUAUACAAGUUUAAGUGUCUAUUUGUGCAAAUCCAAAGUUGGAGGGCACAGAUGAAAGUUGAACCCAAGUUACGGGCACAUAUAUUUAUGUAUUGUGCCAUAAUGUUAUAGAAGUCAUAGUUUGUAUUUGCUAGCUAGUUUUGUCAUGUAAAUCAUAUGUUGUUUGCAUUUCAUGUUGUAAGAAAAGUUUGAGAUGAA